AGAAGUAAUUCCAUAACUGCAGCCCUCGUGUUAAAAAGGGCCAAAUCAACAUUUAGUCUGUCAGAAGAUGCCCUCCUUGUGAGUAAAUUAUCUCUAAAUUUUGGAUGGAAUGUUUGGUGAGAAUGACAGACAGAGGUAUUCCAUUGCAGAACUCAUUGCUACUUCCUGUGUUUUGGUACUUUUGAAAUGACAUUUAACAUGUGAAACUAUGAUAUUUACCACAGAUAAAACUCCACCAAACCAAGUCCUGUGCACUUAAUGUCAGUGUCAUUGAACCCUUUGUGUUUUUGAACAGUUUUAUGGAACGGUCCAAAACUCACCACAGGACACAUAAUUUCUGUAACUGAAGGAAAAGACGUCACCGUCAGUUGUUGGUUUUAUUUCCCUGGAAGCAAAAAAGUUUUCUGCAAAAAUGACUGUAAAAAUAAAGAGGACAUUUUGGUGCAGACUUCAAGAAUACAAGACUGGAAUAAAAGAUACAGCAUCGAAUAUUGGAUAAAAAGAGUUUAUAUAAUGGAUGUGACAAUCAAAAAUGUGACCAAGUCGGAUUCAGGAAAAUACCAGUGUGUGUUAGAAAGAUCAAUUCAAAAUGGUUACUAUGAAUUUAUAAUUGAAGUCACUCAAGAAUUUGUUCCAAAAUCAAAAGUUAUUCUCAAACCCAGUGUCACACCUUCGCCCUCCUGUGGAUCUACUGAGUUGCAGACACUUCCUCUCACUACAUUCACAGAGCCUAGUCAAACUGAAAACACAACACCUCUGCAGCCCUCAACAGCGCCACCUUCUGCACCAGCAGGGAUGUUGUACUUUGUGGCUGUUCCCAUGUUAGUCUGUGUGGUUGGUUUAUCUGUGAUUUUAUUGUUGUUAUACAUGAGAAGCAACAGAAACAGAACAGAAGAGAAUCCUGUAAAUACAAACAACAUUCAAAUACCAGAAGUGGACGGCCUGUAUGAGAUACAAGAGGACUUCAGCCACAAAUGGGCCAGUACAGUUUAUGCUUCAGUGAUCUACACUCUGACAUCAGCACCCAGUGACCAUCCCGUAUAUGACAACAUUCAAUGCAGGAAAUAG